AUGUCUUUUCCACCAGAAAAUAAGUAUCUCGGAAUCCCCUUCUACUAUCGGGAGGAGUUCACCACCGAUACCACCGGCACGUACCGCACGCUCUACUUCAAGCCCAAUGUCGAGCCAGAAUCGGGAAAGUGGCAGCCCCGCAGCCCCCUGGUGUCGGGCUUUGUUUCCUGGCUGCCGCCAUUGGAGGUGAUCUGUGUAUACUGCUUUAUCGUCGCUUUGGUACUUAGUUUGAUCAUUGUGAUUGUCCAAAUCGCGGCUCCCGAUGCCUCAAAAGUCGUGCAUUCCUUGUUAACUCUGCAGUUCUUCGUGAUAUGCGUACAAAACUACUGCAUCGCCAAAAAGCUUCUGGCACUCAGGCGUGAAUCUAGGAAGCAGAAAGGUCGUGGUUAUGAUCUCUUCGUUGGACCAGCGUACACAUCCACGCUCGCUCUACCACCAGCGGAAACUGGUCUGGAUGUUCCCCCACUAUCAAAGGAUUCUGACAAUGCCCACAUUUCCAGGCAGGCAGAGAAGGUUUCUCUUGGUGAAUAA